CAGCCUGAAUACACCGUGUUAUUAAAUAUCCUCUAUCUAUCUUCUUUCUGAUUUAAACUAAGCGACAAAACGAAGACGAACGUUUUCUUUUAUUUUGAAAGGCCGCACCGGAUGUGGUGCGAUGUGUAAUAUUUGACUUGACGGCGCUGGAAGGAAAAGGCGUAGCUAGUAAACACACAGCGGACAUUUAAACACCGUCUUAUUACAUAUUUUCUCCGGUUCAUACAGAGUCGACCGGUGUCGUAUGUUUCGCUGUAACCGUCCGUGGUUGUCACAGUGACUGUCAGCGUCCCAAAAAAUAAAAAAAAAGACUGAAGAAGAAGAGAGAAGCUAGCUAGCAUAGCCACCUAGCCGCCGCCCCGCAGCUAGCUUUAGCAUUAGCAUCAGACGACAAAGAUGAUAGCGCUAAUUAACAAACUGCUGGACUGGUUCAAGGCGCUCUUCUGGAAAGAAGAGAUGGAGCUGACCCUGGUGGGGCUGCAGUACUCGGGGAAAACCACCUUCGUCAACGUGAUAGCGUCUGGCCAGUUCAGUGAAGACAUGAUCCCUACGGUCGGAUUCAACAUGAGGAAGAUCACUAAGGGCAACGUCACCAUCAAGUUGUGGGAUAUCGGCGGCCAGCCUCGGUUCAGGAGCAUGUGGGAGCGUUACUGUCGAGGAGUCAGCGCUAUCGUCUACAUGGUGGACGCAGCGGACCCGGAGAAGAUCGAAGCCUCCAAGAACGAACUCCACAACCUGCUGGACAAACCUCAGCUGCAGGGGAUUCCUGUUUUGGUUCUGGGCAACAAGAGGGACCUACAAGGAGCUCUGGAUGAGAAGGAGCUCAUAGAGAGGAUGAACCUGUCGGCCAUCCAGGACAGAGAGAUCUGCUGUUACUCCAUCUCCUGCAAGGAGAAAGACAACAUCGACAUCACUCUUCAGUGGUUGAUCCAGCACUCCCGGACUAAGAGGAGUUCCUGAGAACAGACCACGCCCCCAACAGAACAGGCCACGCCCACCUGUCCUCUCUCUCUCUCUCUCUCACACACACACACACACACACACACACUUGUUCUUUGAUCAAACCCCCUCCUCCUUCCUUCCAUCUACCCCAUGCUUGUAUUAAAGCCCCUGUUACUCCCACCCUGACUCGUCAGGAUGCACUGAUACCAGAACCGUGACGCCCAGAUCCAGGUAGAACGUGUCAGAAACCCCCAAAAAAACCAAAGCCUCCUGAUCAUCUUCCUGUUUCCUCACGUAGACAAACAUCACUUCUUGUCAGGGUUUUAAAAUGAUGACUUAGCGGGAAUCAGGGCCGCAGCUACUACGACUUUUAUUUUCUGCAUUAAUCGACCGAAUAGAAAGAUGUCGUGCAGCCCAAGAUGACCCCUUUAAAUGUCUUGUUUUCUCCACAACUCAAAGAUGUUCAGUUCCCUGUACAGGAGAGAAGAAACUAGAACAUA